UAAAAUCAGCAAUGGAUGCCAUGCCAGAGUAUUCCCUCUUCCUUGUGAGGAUUUUGGAGGAACUGGAUACUAAGUACAGUACUGUUUCGUACCAAGACCUUUGUAAGUCCCUGUGUGCCAGGUUUGACUUGGUCCAUUUGGCUAAGCUGAGGAGUCUGCUAUUCUACACGGCAUGCUUGGAUCCAGCUUUCCCCGCAACCUUAUUCAAAGACAAGAUGAGAUGCUCGGUGGAGGACCAACAGUCCAAGAAGCUCAUGGUGGCGGCGGACAUUGUCACCAUGUUUAAUCUCAUCCAGAUGAAUGGAGGUAUGGCCAAAGACAAGCUGCCGAUGGGUCCAAGACCCAAGUUUCACAAGAACCAGUCUUUUGAGUCCUGUCGAUCUGAUACGGAUGUGUAUAAAUUCAACGAUAAUGACAGGGGGUACAACCUCUUGGACACCAGGGGUCAUCAUGUCUCUCGGAAGUCACCCUGCCCAAAAUCUGACUGCAAUAACUGCCAGCAGUUUAUACCAACCUCAGAACCCAACUUCCUCUUGGGAGUCACCAAGGAUCUGAAAUGUAGGGCAGCAUCACUGGAUAAACUACAGCAUCUGCCUCAGUACCCCAGCGUCAGUCCUCCUCCGUGCGAGAUGCAGAGCACUUACUUCCCCAUGGACAUCGACAGCGAGUCAACAACUGACCAGGAAUCUCUCCAUGCCAACCCAGGGAUCAAGGAUGUCUUCGUGUCUAGCAGAGAGCCUUUCACAGUGCACUCGUGCAUGCAAAAGCGGAAUAUCUUCAAAGAGGAUUUCCACAACCUUGUUGCCUUUUCACCCCACGUGAUCACUACAGAGUGCAGAGCGAAUUCCAAAGCUGGUGGUGAGUACCAUCACAGGAGGGAGCUGAACAAGCCUCCCACUUUCUUCAAUCACAGUUUCGAGCUGCCGUACAGCAACCCUUACUUUGAACCCGUCAGCUCACCCAUUCAGAACAAAGCACGGGUGAAGCAUGAGAGCCUGGACGACUUGCAAGCAUCCACGUACUUUGGACCUACAACGGUCUCUGAGUGUGUGAGCAGCAGGAGGAUUUCGAGCAAGCAUGGAAAACAGCCAGCCUGGCCUGUCAAGAGCUUGAGUCUCAAUACCGAAGAAGGUCCUGAUUUUGAGAGGUCGUUUUUGAAAGGCAAAGUGGCAAAGGACAAUCACUGUCAUAACGUCAGUGCCAUGGAAAAUGACCAGCACUUUCAGUGUGCAAAGGUCAAGCCCACUGCCUCUCCCUCAGGUUUCCCCAAGAAGUUCAAUGGAACCAAAACAAAAGAGAUUACUUCUGUGGCUUGUGGACCCACUGUUGAGAAAAGAGAGGUUGGGAAAAGGUACAAGGACAAGAGUGUCAACUGUUUAUCGUUUCAGUCGAGCAAUGUGGACAAUGGCAUGAGUGUUGGGACCCAGACGGAACAAUCCGAAACUAGGAAAGCGAAAGAUUACGCAGGUCACAACAAAUAUGGAGAGAGGCCUCCCUUCAAGCACUCAGAUGAAGACUCUGAGAUUGUCAGCGACGAUAUCAGUGACAUCUUUCGCUUUCUGGAUGACAUGAGUGUGUGUGGCUCUCUUGGAGUUGUGCAGUCAUCGUGCUACAACAGCAACGGCUCACUGUCUCAGGUGACGAAAUCAGACGGGAACAGCUCACCUGAACACAACACUGUCAAGCUGGGCAAAACGGGCAUCAAGCUUGACUGCCUCUUCCAGUCACUGGAGAACUCAGAUGAUGAGCUCAAAGAGAACGUCUGCAAACUGGUACUCAGGAUUGGCGAGAUUGAGAAGAAGCUUGAGUCUCUUUCAGGGGUGCGAGGGGAAAUCUCUCAGGUCCUCUCGAAGCUUACUAGACUGGAUGAAAAGAUUCAAGAACCGGAGGCUAAUGGGAAAUCAAGUGAUAAUGGUCACGUGGAACAGAUUAAGACUGACGUGAACCUCUCGCCUCACGUUUUCCAGUGUCACACCACUGGACACAACAUGAAGGUGGAAAAAAGCCCAGAAUGGUGCUGCUCGGAGACUGAUGGGAGCGAAAGCCUGAGGGUUAAAGCUUUAAAGAAGAGCAUGCUCACACGCAGGUCGUCCAGGUCACUAACCGAAGAGAACAGCGCCACUGAGUCCAAAGUGGCCAGCAUCACCAACUCCCCUCGAGACUGGAGGACUGUUUCUUACUCCAGUCACACAGGGGAGGAAGGGAAAGAAAGAGACCGGCAUAGUGAAGGCAAGGACAGACAUAGGAAACCCAGAGAGACAGAUCGGCAGUAUGAAGCCCACCAGGCCCACCGCUCCUCAAAGCCGCCCAAGGACUCCUACCUGGUGGAGCAGGUGUUCAGCCCGCACCACUUGCCUCCCGCCGUCAAGUCUCACAUGAAGGGCAGCCCUCUCUACACGGACCUGCGGCUGACCGGCCUUGCUGAUGGCAAGCGCUCCCAGCCCUCCUGGACCAUCGAAGAGUACAAACGCAACUCGGGAGACAAGAACAAGCUCAGCGCCCUGGACCUGCAGGUCCAGGAGUCACUCAACCCCAAUAAUCUGGAGUACUGGAUGGAGGAUAUCUACACACCGGGCUACGAUUCGCUGCUCAAGCGCAAGGAGGCGGAGUUUCGCAGAGCCAAGGCAUGUAAAAUCGGUGCGUUGAUCGCUGCGGCCACCUGCACUGUGAUACUGGUCAUCGUAGUGCCCAUUUGCACCAUGAAGUCUUGAGAUUUCAAUGGGACUUCAUUUGCGGGGAUUGUAAUUAGGUCUGAUUUCAGCCACCGGCCUUAGACUUUACUGGAAUAUCUAUCGAAAUAUAUCACAACAAAAAGUU